CUAGUAUCGCAAUUGUAGUCGGCAAACUUUGGGGGUUUUCUGACGACAUCUUUUUUGCCAAAGAAGAACUUGAUUGGCCACUGAAUCAAUAAAACUUGCACGCGGCUGUUUUUCAAUCACUGAUACACAAUCACCAAAAUGGCACCUCCUCCAGCCAUGGACGUCGAUGAAAUGGACGUAGAGGAAGACUUUGAUCAGGAGCAGAGGAUAAUCAACGAAGAGUACAAGACAUGGAAGAAGAAUAGCCCUUUUCUCUAUGAUAUGAUCCUCAGCACCGCCCUCGCAUGGCCGACUCUGACCGUGCAGUGGUUACCUGACGUAAAGGAGCCCGAAGGCAAGAACUAUCGCAUCCACCGUGUCCUCCUCGGCACACACACUUCGGGAGCCACCGACGAGUACCUUCAGAUUGCCGAGGUUGAGAUUCCCAAGGCAGUCCAGCCAAACCCAGCAGACUACGACGAAGACCGUGGCGAGAUUGGUGGCUAUGGCGGCAGCAAGGGAAGCGAGGCAGCCGCUAUCAAGUGGAACAUUACCCAGAAGAUCGACCACCCGGGCGAGGUGAACAAGGCUCGCUACCAGCCUCAAAACCCAGACAUUAUUGCGACGGCAUGCGUCGAUGGCAAGAUCCUCAUCUUCGACAGGACUAAGCACAGCUUGCAGCCCUCGGGCACUCCUAAUCCCCAGUAUGAACUUAUUGGCCACAAAGCCGAAGGUUACGGACUCAAUUGGAGCCCUCAUGAUGAAGGCUGCCUUGUUACUGGCAGCAGCGACCAGACGGUGCUUCUGUGGGAUCUCAAGGACGUUCAGCCCAACAGCCGUAUCCUCAAGCCCAAGAGGAAGUAUACACACCACAGCCAAGUUGUCAAUGACGUGCAAUAUCAUCCAUUGGUCAAGCACUUCAUCGGUACCGUCUCGGACGACUUGACUCUCCAGAUUCUCGACACGAGGCAGGAAUCGACUGACAAGGCGGCAUUGGUCGCCAAGAAUGGCCACUCGGACGCCAUCAACGCAUUGGACUUUUGCCCCGCGUCAGAAUUCUUGGUCGCAACCGCCUCAGCCGACAAGACGAUCGGCCUGUGGGAUCUUCGCAAUGUCAAAGACAAAAUCCACACUCUGGAGGGUCACCGGGAUGCCGUUACUUCGGUGUUCUGGCAUCCACACGAGGCUGGCAUUCUUGCCAGUGGCAGCUACGACAGGCGGAUCCUGUUCUGGGACUUGAGCCGUGUCGGCGAAGAGCAACAACCAGACGAUGCCGAGGACGGACCGCCAGAACUGCUCUUCAUGCAUGGAGGUCAUACCAACCAUCUGGCUGACUUCAGCUGGAACCCCAACGAGCCUUGGAUGGUCUGCAGCGCGGCAGAGGACAACCUGCUUCAAGUCUGGAAGGUUGCCGAGUCGAUCGUUAAGCGCGACGACGCCGACCUGCCGGUGGACGAGCUGGGCCCCUAGAGGACGGUCCAGCUCCGAAAUCGGGUCAUUGAUCGAAACGACUGGAGUUCACUUUUGUAAAGUGAAAUGAAUCAGGUGCAUUGAUUCUUCCCGUUCCCAACGCGGCGAGAUUUGUUCUCCUCGUCUGGUACAAUGGAAAGAAAUGCGGAAAAGACUUUGAAGUUUGAUUGCGCGGGUUGAUGGAGAUGAACGUAUGGAGGACAUCAGUAGUAAUACCAGUGAAAGUGGCAUUGAAGGGUUAUGUUUCAUUCGAGGCUCUCACUAUAUGGCGCAUCAAUUUAGAAGAUAUCCGGGGCCAGCUACGCCAAGUUGCUGUACUCACUUGCGUGUGAUAAUAGGCCAAGCUAUGGUGUUAGGAGUCUAUCAUGUUUUUUUUUGGGCACGAAAGCAUGAGUGUGCCUCCAGUACGUUAACAUGCGCUUGACCUAUCCCUCACUUUCCACUCAGUCCGGGUUUACCACUUGGUGAUUCCGACCUAUAAAUGACAGUUUUGGCUGCAACCUUUCAAUC